AUGGCGACGACGGCGACGCUGCCAUCAGGCGCCACAGUGGAUCUACCCAGCCUCCCGGCGCCGCGUCCGCAGCGCAAGUGGCAGCCGCGGCUGGUGUGGGUCUCCUUGCAUGCGGGCGGCAUCGGCCUGCUGCUGCUCAGCGGCGGCUGGCCCUCGCAGACGAGCAUCGCGGCGGUCUACUCUGCCGUCAUCACGCUCACGGCGCUGCUGUACGCCGCGGCAAGUUUUCGUGACCCCGGGUACGCCGAGACCGCCGCGAAGACCGCGGCGCGCCUCGCGAGUCCGAGCGACGACUUCCAGGAGGCGCUCCUCGACCAGGCGUACUGCGUCCACUGCCACGCGGAGCUGCGCGCACGGACAAAGCACUGCCACGACUGCUGCCGCUGCGUGCGCCGCAUGGACCACCACUGCUGGUGGCUGGGCAACUGCGUUGGCGAGCGGACGCACUGCAUAUUCGUGAGCUACCUCUUCCUGCAGACCGCGCUGCUCGUUGCGACGGGCGUCUUUGCGUCGCUGGCGGUGGGCGCGGCGGAGCGGCGGGAGCACCCGCACGCGCUGCCGCCGUGGGUGGAGGCGGGCGCGGCGGUGCUGUGCGCCGCCUUUUGCGGCCUCACCGGCCCUCGCCUCUUCCCUCACCGUCCGGCUGGCAGCGUGUGCCUCCGUCACGCCUCCCCUCCGCGAGCAGGCCUCGCCUCCAUCACCCUCCUCGCCUUCCAGCUCGCGCUCGUGCUGCGCGGAGAGACGACAUGGGAGCGGCUGAAGCGGCACCACCUCAACGCCGCCGCGCAGCUGCCCCCGGACGAGCGACCGUACGACCGCGGCCCGCGCCGCAACAUUGCGAUCUUUUGCGGCUGCGAGGCGGACCCGGGUGAGCGGGGCGAGGCAGCAGGCGAGCCGUCGCCCGAGAGAGGCCAGAGCCACAGAGAUCUCAUGUAUAGUAUCUAG